CCCGAACUCAAAACACUUCUUUUUCCAAGAUGGCGUCGAUGAAGGACAGCGACACCGGCCUGUGGCUUCACAACAAACUGGGAUCAACGGACGAGCUCUGGACGCCUCCGAGCAUCGCCUCUCUGCUCACGGUGUCGGUAAUCGACAACAUACGGCUGUGCUUUUCGAGUCUGUCGCCGCCGGUGAAGCUGAAGCUGCUGCUCGGGAUGCUGCAUCUCCCCCGGCGGACCGUGGACGAGAUGAAAGAGGCCCUGUCAGAGAUAAUCCAGCUGGCGACGGUGGAUUCAGAGCCCUGGGUGCUGAUGGUCGCAGACAUCCUCAAGUCUUUCCCAGAGACCGGCUCUCUCAAUCUGGACUUGGAGGAGCAGAAUCCGAAUGUGCAGGAUAUCCUGGGAGAGCUCAGAGAGAAAGUGGGCGAGUGCGAGGCGUCUGCCAUGCUUCCUCUGGAGUGCAUGUACCUGAACAAGAGUGCGUUAACCACCCUGGUGGGACCCCUAACACCCCCCGUCAAACAUUUCCAGCUGAAGAGAAAGCCCAAGAGUGCCACCCUCAGAGCAGAGCUGCUACAGAAGUCUACAGAGACAGCCCAACAGCUGAAGAAGACGGCUGGAGUGCCUUUUCACGCCAAAGGGAGAGGAUUGGUCAAAAAGAUCGACACAACUACUCCUCUCAAGGGGAUUCCCAAAGCCCCGUUCCGCAGCCCCACUGCCCCAAGUAUGUUCAGCCCUCCCAGUAACCGCACACCCAUCGCCCCUGCACGGACGCCCCUGCGCAAGGAGAGGGGGGUCAAGCUGUUAGAUAUUUCGGAGCUGGACAUGGUCGGAGCCGGCAGAGAAGCUAAGAGGAGAAGAAAGACUCUGGAAUCCGAGGCGGGAGAAAAAGCAGCCAAAGAAGAAGCCGUGGUGGAAAAUACGACACCCGACUACGCCGCUGGCCUCGUGUCUGCACAGAAACUGGGGGCGUUGAACGAGAACCCUCUUCCAUCGACCAGCUACUUACCGGCCACACCCAGCAUGGUCCCCUCCUCCUCUUACAUUCCCAGCUCAGAGGCUCAGCCAGCAAAUGCAGGUGGUUCGGGACGGGACACUCUGCAGUCGACUCGCCAACCUGAGGAGUCGGCAACAGCGGGCGCAGGCGCCAACGCAACCUUACCGGGCCAGUACAAGCAGAGGACGCCGAUGUACAACGCCGGCAACACGGCCAAUCCCGCGACCCCCACGUCCCCGAGCACGCCGGCCUCCACGCCCGCCAACAACGGGCCCCCGGCGGCUGCAACAGCCAGCCAGCCGGAGACCCCCACCCAGCCUCCCAGCACACCUCAGACCCCGACCCCGACACCGGCCCCCACGCCUCCACAGCCACAGCCCAAAAAGAACCUGUCACUCACGAGAGACCAGAUGUACGCCGCCCAGGAGAUGUUCAAGACGGCCAACAAGGUCACCAGGCCGGAGAAGGCUCUCAUCCUGGGUUUCAUGGCUGGAUCCAGAGAGAACCCGUGCCCGGAGCAGGGGGACAUCAUCCAGAUCAAGCUGAGCGAGCACACGGAGGUGCUGCCCAAAGCCGACGGCACCGGCAGCACCACGAUGCUGGUGGACACAGUGUUCGAAAUGAACUACUCCACAGGACAGUGGACCCGCCUCAAGAAAUACAAACCCAUCACCAACACCUCCUGAGAUGUUUGUUCCUCAAAAAAAAUCCCACGCUAAGAUUUCAUACCCACGUCAACAACAACAACAACAAAAAAACAUGUUUACACACAAGUAUUUGCAUACACAUUUGGGCCAAACGGAGCACUGGGCAGGUGGAAGAUCGUCAAGGAGAGAAAGGUUCUCCCUUUUCCUGCACCGCCAAAACGCAGGACUCUGAAGAAUAUUUCUGUACUUUCUUUUUGGUUGUUUCCCUUUUUUUUUUAUUGUUUCCGUUUUUAAGUCACCUCCGAUGCUUGUCUGAUGCCGCAGUCAGGAGGAGAGAGAGAGAGAGUCUGAGCGAGCAGAGGAGUUCUUCUCACGGCGGUGGCACCUUCUUAACAUUUGUACUCUGGCAUACGAGCAUGCCGCGUGUCCAGAGAGAAGGAGAGACAGGCCGUCUGUAUUUUUCUGUAUGAAUGUGACGUUCAAAGCUUCUGUUCAGCCUUCAGAGCGGAGUCUUCAUGUGAUGAAACGAGAGAGAGAGAGAGAAAAAAGAACUUGUGACGGUCGACAUAGAGGUGACCGAAGCGAGCGCUGAAUAUUUCUGUACAGUACUGUUCAGAGUGUUCUGGUAGGUGUUUCAUACCUUUUCAUCCUUUUCAAAAGAAGGGAAGAAAAUAAAGUGACGACAGACUCCA